GCAAGUAUGUAUGGGGGUGCUUGUUAUUUUUGUGCAUGUGUGGAUUUUUUAAACAUCUUUGAUUGCUUCCUGUGGCAGUUAACUGUGUGUCUACGAUCCCUUCCUGAGUAAUGUGAUUGCUAUACAACAGUCUAAGUCAAAGACUUUGUGCUGCGGUUUCAUGUUACAGGUUAUCUGCGUUAAAAUAACAGAAGGCUGGAGCGUUUAGUCAGUUUUAAAAAAACUGGCCCGCUAUUGGUAGGGACACAGUGGGAUCACAGCCAAGGCUUGCCUGCCUUUUCUGCGGAAGCCUGUGUCAGAUUUAAGACACAUGCUUCUGCGAGCUUCCAUGAAGACUGUGAAAAAAGUUUGAAUUCAAAGAUGAGUUGGGGUUUUCUGUAGCUUGAAACCUUGGUGGCCACACUGCCUCCUGACAAAAGAACAGGAACCGGGGGCGUAGGGUGGAGAGAUGUUUUAAAUUUGCUGGAUAUGAAAUGGAUUGAGUGUGCUUCACGAAUUUAGGUAGAAGAUAUGUCCACUUCUUGAUUGAUUUUUUGAGAGCAUGAGAACAUUUUACAUUUUUUUUUCCAUCUCUCGCUCCCUCUCCUCCCCCGACAAGAUUGUGCAAAAAUGUACCUUGCUUAAUGGAAGUCAUUUCAUUGGAUUUUGAUCACAACUAUUUGUUUUUCCAUGUGAGGUCUUGAGGUUUCAAACUUUAUUUUUGGAGAAGAGAUGCCUUUUGAAGCAAUAUUCUCUAUCUGCCUGAUGUCAGCUGCUUGCUAAUCGGUGGAUAUUAGAAUAUUCAAAAUGUGUAGAAAGUGGGCAGUGGCGAACGUUUUCAUGGUGUCUUACCUGCACCUGGUACAGGGCUUCAGUUAUGAACACGGACCAGUUAAGCGGACAUCUCGGUCCAUACUAGAACGAUCUGAGCAGCAGAUUAGGGCUGCCUCUAGUUUGGAGGAACUGCUGCGAAUCACGCACUCCGAGGACUGGAAGCUAUGGAGAUGCCGACUGAAGCUCAAAGGUUUCACCAGCAUGGACUCUCGCUCAGCAUCUCAUCGGUCCACCAGGUUUGCGGCAACUUUCUAUGACAUUGAAACACUGAAAGUUAUAGACGAGGAGUGGCAAAGAACCCAGUGCAGCCCUAGAGAGACGUGCGUGGAGGUGGCCAGCGAGCUGGGGCAGAGCACCAACACGUUCUUCAAGCCUCCCUGCGUGAACGUGUUCCGAUGUGGCGGCUGCUGCAAUGAAGAGAGCCUCGUCUGUGUGAACACCAGCACCUCGUACGUUUCCAAGCAGCUCUUUGAGAUAUCAGUACCUUUGACAUCAGCACCUGAGUUAGUGCCUGUUAAAGUUGCCAACCAUACAGGCUGUAAGUGCUUGUCAACAGCUCCCCGCCAUCCAUACUCGAUUAUCAGAAGGUCCGUCCAGCUCUCUGAAGAAGAUCGAUGUCCCCAUUCCAAGAAACUCUGUCCCAUGGACAUGCUAUGGGACAACAGCAAAUGUAAAUGUGUUUUACGGGAGGAGAAGCCCCUCGGAGGAAUGGAAGACCACACUCAUCUUCGGGAACUGACGCUCUGUGGGCUGCACAUGAAGUUCGAUGAAGAUCGUUGUGAGUGUGUCUGCAAAGCACCGUGUCCCCGAGAUCUCAUUCAGCACCCAGAAAACUGCAGUUGCUUUGAGUGCAGAGAAAGUCUGGAGAGCUGCUGCCAGAAGCAGAAGAUAUUUCACCCAGACACUUGCAGCUGUGAGGACAAAUGCCCCUUUCACACCAGACCAUGUGCAAACGGAAAACCAGCGUGUGCAAAGCACUGCCGCUUUCCAAAGGAGAAGAGAGCUGCCCACGGGCUCCGAAGCCGAACAAAUCCUUGAUUCAGCUUUUGCUUUCCAGUCCCCCACCCCUGCCCUUGUAAACAGCAUGCUGCUUUGCCAAGUUGCUGUCACUGUUUUUUCCCAGGUGUUAGAAAAAAUCCACUUCCCAUAGUAACAGGGUGAAUCCGGAGCAAGACUCCCUUAACCACCUGCUAAGGAUUCCCUGGCUCAUGACCGAUGUCUUCUAGCUGAAGCUGCCUCCACAUGCCAAGGAAUGGAGAACAGAGACUCUGUGUUAAUAUUUUUUGGUGGAUGAAAAAUGUCUGAUCGUCUUGGGGUGGCAGGUGCCAUGUGAUCGAUUACUCAGAGCACGUAAGAAAAUCUGCAUAGCUUCUGAGUCCUUUGCUAAUGGCAACUCUCUUGUGAAUUAUUACGAUUCUCUUAUACAUAAUUUGAUUUCUAUGACCCGCACGGACUUUCUGAUUAUUCCUCAGCUUGUAGGUUCUGAGUUUCCUCAACUACUGUUCCAUGUUUCAUAUUUAAGUAUAUUUAAAGAAAAUAAACACCAUUAUUCAGGCCAUAAACUCUAGUGCAUUAUUUAAUAUGCUUCCACUCUAAAUUUCAGGCUAAAGCAAAAAAUGUUUUUAAGAGAAAGGAACUUAGAAGUCGGAGACGUGGUUUUGGUGGAGCAGGCUUUACUGAAAGGUUGGUGUACCAGAGCAACAAGGCAAAUAAUUUGCAGAUUUAGCAGCAAGGCAAAUAACCUAAAAACGGACGCCCCUCCCAUGGCAUCUUGCACAGACAGAUACAUGCACAUAUACAUGUACAUACACUAGCCAGUCGUGAUUAAGUCAGUUCCGACUCACGGAGACCCCAUGUGCGUCAGAGUAGACCUGUGCUCCAGAGGGUUUUCAGUGGCUGAUUUUUUGGAAGUAGGUCGCCAGGGCUUUCUUCCAAGGUGCCUCUGGGUGGACUUGAACAUCCAACCAUUCAGUUAGCAGCCAAGAACAUUGGCACCACCCAGGGACAUCACACCUCUCUGUACAAUGACCAGUUGACUUACUAGUGUUGGAAUGUAGGCUGAAAAUUAAAUAAAAAUUAUGUGAGAAGCCCCAAGACGUUCAAACAAACACAAGUGGGAGGUGUGAUGUCCCUGAGCAUCUAAGCCACUAGGCCCGGGAAUCUAUUAAUGAGACAGCACAGCUCACAAAUCUGUCUCUAAAGCUGGGUGGUGGGAGGUCCCCUAGGGAUAUUGUUCAAACUCAGCUAGAUUACAUGCAUGUCUGAAUUAUUUGGAUGUUGCAACUCUAGAAAGGAAUUUCAUUAAUUUCUCUUCCCAAAAUAUUUAUGAAAUGAAAGAUAUUCAGAAAUAUUCUGCCAUUUUAUAACUGAGAUUGUUCUAAAACAGGAGCUAGUAAGCAAUGGCCCGCAGGCCUGUUUUUGUAAAUAAAGCUUUACUGAAAUAGAGUCACGCUCAUUUGUUUUUUCACGUGGUUCAUGGGAUGAUCUUGCUUCCA